UGGACAGAGCACUACCCUGUACAUACCCCAGGUUGGGUUUUGGGUGCAGUUCAAGUGUCCAAAGCUGUUUAUGGCUUUGAUGCUUUAUAUUUGAGACUACCUGCAGUUCAGUACCACUGAUCUUUGAAGUGAUGAAAGUGGUGCUAACAUAGAAGCAGAAUUCAUAUCCUGCAAGAUCAGAUGAUACUGUUCUAACAAGCAGCAUAGUUCAAGUAGGUCUCUAGCAAAUUCUGGCACUAGGAAACUUUGAGAGAAUAGUGUGGAUACAUCUUUUUUAGGCCACGUUUUUUCUUUUGUCUUGCUUUCCUCUGACACCUUCUGGCAUCUCAGAGAUUUUUAGGGAACUUCAGAUAAUAGCGUGUGAGCAGGAAGUUCUUGCUUAAAGUGCCUUUGGCUCUGCAAUGUGCUGCAUACUAAUGCUACAGAGCCCACGGGCUCUAGGCUUUUGAUGGGUUUAAAAGGGUUUUCACUUUCUGUAGGUUGGUUACUCAUAGUUUGACAAAUUUCAUAUUUCAGACAUUGAUGUGGUAGAGCCGGGGUUCUCAACCUGCAAGUUGGGGUAUGGCCUUUGUGGUCAAACCGUAUGGACCUUGGUGGGGGAAGAGUGGAGAGGACCUGAGACUGCUCUGGUUGCUGUUGAAUCAGGGUGGAUCUACAGAGCCAUGAAGCCUAGAAGCUGCAUUGGUUUCUGUGGGGCAGGGAUAUGGCUAUUGCCAUCGUCAUCCCUCUACCUCUUAUCUAACUGUUCUUUCUUUUCUUCCUACUCCUCCUCCUCCUCUUCUUCCUCAUGGCUCUGCAGGAACUGGGGCUGCUGUGCUUGGACCAGCUUGGGGAAGGCCCCAGAGCAAUUGUCUAGUACUGGACUGCAGAAAAAAAUGAACCAGGGAAGGAGAAGCAGGAUUACCCUCCCACCCCAUCCCAUGUAAUAAGAAAGAAGGAUAGCCCAGUCACUAAUAGGAGGGAAGUUGAAAUAGGAACACAGAAAGGGAACUAAGGAGAGGGGCUGCUGCUUCUGCCUCAUAAAUAUCCAACGUGGGAAGAAAGCUGUAUAGCUUGUUAUUAAAAUAUAUACAUAUAAUUUUCAUGAAUUUGCCGAAUCCGACUAGAAGAAUUGGAGGAAUAAUGUGAGCAAAGCAAAGUGUUUUUGCAGAUGAUGGUGUAAAAAGAUGUAACCGUUUUCAAAGGCCUCUGUCUUGGACAAAAUCUAAUACACAGGUACAAUGGCUCCCUGCCUAAUGGUGACAGAGGACGUAGGAAAAGCAGAUUUGCUCUCUACAAACGACCCAAGGCUAAUGGAGUCAAACCUAGUACUGUUCAUGUGAUUUCUACACCCCAAGCAUCCAAGGAAAUGAAUUGGUCAUGCUCAAUCUAACAAUAAUCAGUCAAACGUAUGGAUUCCAAAGUCUGUGAUUUAUGCAGUCUAGCUCACGUACCAUGCUAUGGAUUUUUACAGGCCAUCAGCUGUAAAGGGCAGCACAGUAUCUCUUACACGUUAUCGAGAAACCAGACGGUUGUAGUAGAGUAUACACAUGAUAAAGAUACAGAUAUGUUUCAGAUUCCCUGCUAUCAGAUGACAGGCUAUGAUAUGGUUGGCAGAUCAACAGAAAGCCCUAUAGACUUUGUUGUAACAGAUACCAUUUCUGGCAGCCAAAAUAAUGAUGAAACUCAGAUCACACAAAGCACCAUAUCCAGGUUUGCAUGCAGGAUUGUCUGCGACAGGAACCCACCAUAUACAGCAAGAAUUUUUGCAGCAGGAUUUGAUUCGUCUAAAAACAUAUUUCUUGGGGAAAAAGCAGCAAAAUGGAAAAACCCUGAUGGACACAUGGACGGAUUAACAACCAAUGGCGUGCUGGUCAUGCAUCCAAAAGGAGGCUUUACAGAAGAGUCUAAACCUGGAGUGUGGCGUGAAAUCUCCGUCUGUGGUGAUGUGUAUACUCUACGAGAAACCAGAUCUGCCCAACAGAGGGGGAAGCUAGUAGAAAACGAGACCAACGUCCUACAAGACGGUUCUCUCGUUGACCUGUGCGGAGCCACCCUUCUGUGGAGAACGGCGGAUGGCCUCUUUCACACACCGACUCAGAAACACAUCGAAGCCCUGCGACAGGAGAUAAAUGCUGCCAGGCCACAGUGCCCUGUUGGGCUGAACACUUUAGCGUUUCCCAGCAUUAACCGCAAAGAUGUAGUAGAAGAGAAGCAGCCUUGGGCUUACCUCAGCUGUGGCCAUGUGCACGGGUAUCAUAACUGGGGACAUCGCAGUGACACAGAAGCCAAUGAGCGGGAGUGUCCCAUGUGCAGAACCGUUGGGCCCUACGUGCCUCUCUGGCUUGGUUGCGAGGCAGGGUUUUACGUGGAUGCCGGUCCUCCAACUCAUGCUUUCACCCCUUGUGGACAUGUGUGUUCUGAGAAGUCGGCAAAAUACUGGUCUCAGAUCCCACUGCCUCACGGUACUCAUGCAUUUCAUGCCGCCUGCCCUUUCUGUGCAGCACAGCUGUCUGGGGAGCACAACUGCGUCAAGCUAAUUUUCCAGGGUCCAGUUGACUGAUACCAUUUUGCAGAUGACCACAAUAACAUUUUCUUUGUUAACAAUUUACUGUGAAGAUUUUGCCACUAACUCUAGAUUUUACAUUUUUAUAAUGUUAUUAAUCGGGUAAUGGGGGGAGGGCUGUCAGGGGGGAUGUUGAAGGGUAGGGUUAACACGGGGAGACAUUGAUACCUGGAACCUGGCAGAUAUCAGUGGUGUUGCAUGCUCAACAGCGGCAUAUUCAUUGAAGUUGUCUUGGUCAAAUUGUAGUAUAUUUGUAAUCUUUUUAUUAGCACCCUUGAUCAGAGAAAAAGAUGUCUUAAUGAUUUUUUUAAUCCUUGGAUUUUUUAAUGGAAGGGUUUUUUCAUCUAAACUUUGACAAGCCUUUAAAACCUAUUUUUCAAAUCAAGAAAGAACAUGCAGAUUGUAAUUUGUCUUUCAUUUGCAAUCUUGUUAACUUGAAUAGUUUCUCAAGGAGCCAAUGCAGAAUGCAUGGACAGCUGCAGGUGAAUGUUCACAAGACACAACUGUCAAUUUGGGUUGAGACAUGAAAGAUUAGCUGCAAAAAUUGUUGCAUAUAUAAAGCUGUUAAAGUUAGCUGCUAGGAUAAAAUACAGCUCACCAAAAAGGAUUGAGGAUUACUUGAAACUGGGGAAUUCCUGUUUGCUUUGAUUUCCUUUCAAUAUAGUGGAUAACCAGUAUUCGUGAUAUACAGUUGAUCUUUUUUAACCUGCAUCUGGUGCAACUGAAUUACUUUUACAUGCUGUUGUUUAAGCCUUUUACAAGAAUUUCUGUAUACUUGUAGCCCUGCCUUUGCUUUCUUUCUGCUUGGUGUAGUUUUCCCCUUGCUGCUUACUUGCAUGCCUGGAACAAUUGGGUUAAUGAAGAUGUAGCAACCCUUUAAAACUGUAUUCAUGAAGGGGUAGCACUGCAGUUAAUAGAAAGAAAGUUGAGGUACUGUUAUACAGAAUGUAUGCACAUAGACCUGAAUCUAGCAAAGCACUUGGCAUGUGCUUAAAUUUAAACUUAAAUAGCCCUAUUGACUUCAGUGGAACUACUGGCAUUAAGUGCUUCACUGGCCUGGGGCCACAUACUGCUGUCUUUUGAAAUACAAAAGUCUAGUUGAGGAUAAGCUACUAUUUUUUAAGCUCACUUACUAGCCACAGUGCUGUAAGGAGAGCAUCCUUCCUACUCUAACUGCAAUUUUUAUUCCUUUUUUGACUUACUGCCACCUGUCACCAUUCCUUGCAGCCUGAGAAGUGCUGGUCUCCUUCCCCCCCAAUAAUUGUUUGUAAAUCAAACAAAAUUCAAAUGUAAUCAUUAAAUACACACAUCAGAGUGGUACAUCUGCAGUAGAUGAUUUGAAAUUUCUAAUUUUUUUUAAGAGAGCAAAUAAAUGUUUACUGUGGAAAUAAUUAAAUCAGAAUUUCAUAUGAGAUCUACCAUCCCACUCUGUCAGUGUUAUUUCAUUUAGAAUAAUAAUUCUUUGAUCCUUGCUCUCUGUACUCUUAGUAUCUGAGGUAUCAAUCUAUCCAGGUUGAAAAAGACUUUGGGAGAAAAUCAUCACAUGUCUGAAGUGACAUUGAUUACUCACAACUCAGUUCUGUUAAACCGAUUGCAGCUUUUUUUUGGCUAUAUUUGUGCCCUUUGUAUAAAUAUAUAAUUUAUAUGAUUUUAAUAUAUUGUGUAUAUAUAUACUUGAAUUGGCCUGUUCAUAUUUCGGUUGUAAAAUUGUUUUAUAGUUAACCUUUUAAACAUUUUAAAUGUCCUUCACCUAUGGAGACAGGACAUACCUUAUCUGCUGCUGUUUAAUAUAAUUUUGCUGUAUAAAAUUCAGCAUUUUAAUAAUUUGAAAAUAGCUUUACUUUUUCUAUUAUUUUUUUUGCUUUGUUUUUCAACAUCCUUCUUUUUUGCUGUACAACGUUCUGUUUAUUCUGCAGUACAAAUCCCAAAUGGUCCGGUUCGCUUGUCCCACUCAGUGAUUGGAAAUAGGGCAAAUCUUGUUCGCCUCGAACUCGACGCCUCUUCCUAGUGCCUUUUCUCUGAGAUCAUCUUGUGAUUCUGUAUUCGGAGUCCUUACUUCCACAAGGCAGCCUUGUGGCUAACGUUCCACCAAGAAGGGCAAUUCAACCAGACGGGGGGGAAAAAAAAUUGCUUUCAUUUCUGGCAUAACUAUAAGAGGGUGCCUCUUCCCUAAUCUGUCUUCAGCAUAAUUUCCUCAGGUCCCAUAUGCAUCCUUUCUACUGAGCAUAUACCUCAUCUGUGGAAGCCGGUUCCACCUUGUUCAUACUGGACUUCGUUACCGAUGGAUCUUUUUGUCACAAGAGUUCACAAGUGAAAUCACACUUUCAGGUAAAAACGUGUAUUCUUGUCUCCAUGUCACAAGACCUAAUAAUUGUCAGUAGAGAGAAACACAGAUAGUCAGAGCCUUAGAGUUUGUUCGUAGGUGGUUUGCCUCCCCCCUCAAAAAAAAAAAAAAAAUCUUUGCACUCCUAGGCCAACAGUACACCAAGAUGGUAACCCUUCUGUUAGGCUUGUCAGCUCAAGAAUUGCAUGCAUCGUUUCCCCGCCAGGAUUAAAUUAUCUGCAGUUGUACCAUUCCAUAGCACCUCCAAACUGAAUCAUUUUAUGUUCUUCUUUGUCACUAUAACCCAGAUGGGGGAACUGAUCUUCUUCUCCCCCCCUGCUUCCGUGCACUGACAGACUUGUGCAAAGUGGUUUUAACGCGUUACUCUUCUGACCUGCAGUAUUGGCUCACCCACCUUGCUAGGGUGUGAACGAUGCUGAAAUGACUAGCUUUGCAGUAUCCCUUUUAAAGACCAUGUCCCAGCUGGGACCUUACGGUCCCUCCGUUCUUAUUGUCCACAGGCUUGAGUUAACACAAGAAAAACUGCAAAACUGCGAGAAGAGAAGCAGUGUCCUAUUUGGCUGGGAAACCAAUUUACACAAGUUCCUUUGACUCCAAGAAAUCCCUCCCUGACUAGUGGUUGGAGUUCAAGAGUGUCUUCCCACACCUGCAUUUGUGUGGAGUUAAAUGGCUUUGAAGAAAAUCCAUUUCUUUCUGGAUUAAUGAGAUUUGUUUGGUGUUAGUCUCCUGUCGCAGGGAUGGGUAAACCUGCCAGCCAGCCCCCACUGCCUAAAAAAGGAACUUGCAGAAAAUACAUCUGCAGGCAGAAAAAAAUAAAUGCUUUUAUUUCCUGAUCUAAAUGACCGUCCCAUUGAAUUGAAUUUGCGUCUGAGCUUUGCAGAUCAUUUUUUUAAAGUCAGCAAUAACAUAUUGCAUAAGUAGCGCUUUUUUUUUUUACCAGUUACUUUGUCAGCUCCACAUGAGUACAAGUUAGAGCUAUUUGAAGCACAGCUAACUCAAAAGUAUUUAUCUAGUCUGUCUGUCUUUUUUUUCCCCCUUAAAUCUCUGCUUGUCAGCUUGUGCAAGCUGGAGUUCUAACAUUCUCCUCUUUUUAAGCAGCUUUUUGGA